AUGUUCUCCCGCAGCUUCUACGGUGCCGACCCCAGCUUCACUCCCCUCUUCCGCCUCCUUGACGACUUUGACAACUACUCGCGCGAAGUCCAAGGUAACGGCAACGACAACCACCAGAACGGAUCCCGCAACUCUCACCGCGCCAUUCGCACCUUCACCCCCAAGUUCGACAUCAGCGAGUCGGUUGAUGCCUACGAGCUCCACGGCGAGCUCCCUGGCAUUGCCCGCGAGGACCUCAGCAUCGAGUUCACCGACCCCCAGACCAUUGUGAUCAAGGGCAAGGUGGAGAGAACCCGCACCGCCGGAACCCCUCCCGCGGGUCUCCUCGAGAACAACGGCCAAGCCAGCAAGGCCAUCACCGAGAGCGGCGAGGACCAGCACCCUUCUCACAAGGUCACCGUCGAGGAUGAGAAGCCCGAGGACGAGAAGGCCACCAGCACCACCACCGUGGUCAAGACCGGCGAGAACAAGGAGGCUGCCACCCACCACAAGAACAAGCAGCCCGAGACCAAGUUUUGGCUCCAGGAGCGCUCGAUCGGCGAGUUUAGCCGCACUUUCAGCUUCCCCAGCCGGGUCGAGCUCGACGGUGUCAAGGCUGGCCUCGACAAUGGCAUCUUGACUGUUGUGGUGCCCAAGGCGAAGAAGCCUCAGGUCCACAAGGUUCCGAUCUGCUAG